ACAUUGGGAACCUUUGGACUUUUACUAUUUUCCAGGUAUAGAUAAAUGCGGAAAAAUAUUUUAACUUUUUUUCCUAUCCCAUUAUGUAAAAGAUCGAUCUAUACCUCUGACUAUUUCCUCUAGCAAUCCUUCCAUUUGCUCAUCUGUCAUUUAGUUUGUUAUCCAAUCAUCCAUCAACCGUUUAUUCACCCUCUAUCCACCAAUCCGUCUCUGCAGGUUGCAGAUUUAAAAAUUCUUGAGUGUUGCGAAAUAUGUCCCAUAAACUCAUAAUGAAUGGUUCUUCUUAUGAAAAACGUUGGUAAAUAUGAAUUAGAAAAUUUUAGAAACUGUCUUGUGAUGAUGAAUUAGAGAAAGAGGUCAAGGAGAUAUUACAUUCAAGCAGUUUAAAGACUACUAAUCUGGAAGUGUUCCACCUAACAAUUCACCUGUGUAGAAAAACAUGCCAGAUCCCCGUCUGUCCGUGUUUUGGCUCAAAUGUUCUAGAAGCUGAAAGGCAUUAUGUGAGAUUGUGGGGCAGUAGGAAUAAACUCGGCAGAGUCAGCCAAGUGCUAAUACCUUAACAGUGCACACACUCACAGAGGCUGCAUGAGAGCGCAGGUUUAGUGAGGAUUUGCUCUGUAUUAAUCCUGACAGGGAACAGAGAGCCAGCUGGAGCGUACAGGGAAGAGGCAGAGCAGGCACAAAACAAAAAUAAAAGUAUUUGGGCUGAAAGACGCUGGAAGAAAGUAUGGAUGGAGUGUACCUGUGAGAUAAAAGUUAAGCUUAGGUUCUUGUGAAUGUCCUCAAAGCAACAAGCAAUUACUCCAGGGGAUAUUGGGAGAAGGAAACUCAGACAAACAGUCACAAUAUGUCAGUCUGAGAAAGUUUCAUCACCAGAACUUCAGAGACGGCAGGACGGAGUAACAUGGGGCACCCUAAUGUGCCACUUUCCUAUAAGCAAGCUCGGGCUCACAGGAAUAAACACAUAAACAGCCGGCUGCAACCCUACACACCAAACGAUAAUUUGAACAACGCACUGGGUGCAAUCAGGGUUCUGGGUGUGGAGCUGAUUGAAGAUGAACUCAAACCUCAUUUGAUCACAGUGCUGGCAAACAUUAGGGAGAAAAAGAAAGGCGCUGCUGAGCAGGUUGUGAUCAGCGGGAUCCUGCCAAUCCUGGCUCUGUCUCUGAGAAGCAGAGGACCUUUGACUUUGUUGACUGCAAAACUGGUGGCUGAGCUUGCCAAGGAAUCGGUGGUCCGUAAAGGUUUUGGGGAUGCAGGCUUGGUUACAGCCCUGCUGUCAGUCCUGACCAGCACAAAUGAAGAGCUGCUCAUUUAUGCAGCAAGAGCCAUCUCACGCAUGUCUUAUGACAGCUCUAAGCAGCAAGAAUUGUUGCUACGCCGAGGUGCGGUGCCACGCCUUGUUGCCAUCUUGCUCCGUUUCCCUGAUAAGGAGGCUUUGGAGGAGGUGUGCCUCAUGGCUCUCUGUAACCUCAGCGGCAUGGCAGUAGCAGAGGAGGCAGGUAUGAUCUGGGAAAGAGGAGUGCCUGUGAGGCCUGGGGAAUGCGUGUUUCAUGGUGUUUCUCCUCACACGUGUGGCUUCGCCUCUUCUGUGACGCUGAUUCGGGUCUCUCAGUGGGGACCCGGCCAGUACAUGGUCAGCAUCGAGGACUUCCAGCGCUGCUCCUCCUCCUUCUGGAAUCUUCAUGGGAACAAACGGGCUGUGCACUGGUUCCCGUUCUUCAGUUUGGGCAGCUGUUCAAAUAUGUUUAAGGUGAUCAAGUUCUCAACCAGGAACAUUCCUCGGACAAAGAGUCUGAAGACUCGUGUGUUCCACACUUUCCUGUGAAAGCUUACAAAUAUGGUGGCCUUACAAAUUGGACUACAAAACACUGAAGCAUCCAUCCAUCUGUACUACCCUGGAUGAGUCACCGCUGAGAGCAGCACCAAACCUAUGUUGACUGUCAUACUAUUAGAAAAAAAA